AUGCUACAAACCUUUAAAACAUGUUUUCGCCCUCUUGUCGUUCUUACAUUGUUGUCAUUGUUAGUUGCUUCCAUGGUAGUAUCAAUUAUUAAGAUAUAUAGUGAAAAACCUGCUUUUGGUAUAUCCUAUCACUCAACAGAUAAACUAAUUGUACCAGCCUUCUAUUUUGCUUAUGAUAAAAGUUUUACCAUAAGUUGUCUAUUCUUGAAUUUUAAUGGUGAUGUAAUAGCUUCUUGUGAUGAAUAUAUUACACAACCAGCAAAGCUGCCAAUUAGUCAUGACUCUGCUCGUACUUUACUUGGAACCUUUUUACCAAAAGGCGAUAUGAGUUUGAAUGGAACAGAUUAUAUUAAGCUUUUAAUAAACAUCACAGAUCCUGCUGCUACUGGACAGUGGACCAUGUCAAUGAAUUUAUUUGACUCAAGCAAGUUUUUUCAUAAAAUUCAUGGAUACGAUCCAUGGAGUGAAGAUUUUUCUGGUGAUACAUUUGCUAAAACACUUGAUUAUAUGAAUUUAUAUUAUUUAUCUAGAAAAACAUAUUAUAGUUUAACGUUCUCUAGCAAAAUUAGAAAUAAGAUAACACAACCAGCUUUAGCUUAUAUUGGUUUAGAAUCGGAUUACUUUCCACAAUAUUACAUUGAAUCAACAUUACAGUUUACAUCAAUGAAAUAUCAUCCGGAGUAUAAUCUGGCUGUAGAGAUUAAUAUAGCAGGUUUUGUGAUAGAAGAGGAAACAGAGCAAAGGAGCAAUACUGUUAUAACCACAGUAGGAAGUCUUUUUGGUUAUUAUGGCAUGAUUGCAUAUUUUUAUAAAAUUUUAUUUGGAAGUAGGUUAAUGGAUUCUGCACGUGAAUACACAUUUUUGCUGGCAACGUUUUUAUAUUUGGCUUACUCCAUGUUCAAAAGGAAAAUUAUUGGCACCAGCAGCAGUGAUAAAGCA